UUGGGAGAAGGCUGGAGAAGAAUCACCAACGGCUGCAUGUAGUUUUAACAUUUUAUGCCGAAAGAGACUAAACAAAAAACCUUUUUCGUUUUCAUCUUAACGGGAGGUGCAGCUUUACAGAAACUUUGCCUUGCCAAGUUACCACAUGCCCGUUCCUUUUAAAUAAAACGAUAUUUCAGGUAUAUUAUGUUAGAUUGAUCUGUGUCAGUGGAGCGAUAGCUGUCUACUCAAGGGAGACAUUUAUUUUCCUUCUCAUUAUCAGACGACUGUUUCCUGCCCCUUCUAGCCGCCCUAAAGCCAGCUAUUCUGGUUAAAUCAAGCCUAAAGGUGGUUCAUCUUCUGAGGAGACCAGACUGACUGCGUCGAAAUGGGGUAUGGACGGUCGGACAGCUACCGCGUGGCCACCACGCAGGACAAGGAUGAGAAGGAGUCGCCCAAGAAGAAGGGAGGCAAGGAUCUGGAUGACCUCAAGAAGGAAGUUCCCAUAACGGAACACAAAAUGUCUGUUGAGGAGGUUUGCCGGAAAUACACCACCGAUAUUGUCCAGGGUUUGACCAAUGCCAAGGCAGCGGAGUACCUGGCCAGGGAUGGCCUUAACGCCCUGACUCCACCCCCCACCACCCCUGAGUGGGUCAAGUUCUGUCGCCAGCUGUUCGGGGGCUUCUCCAUCCUGCUGUGGAUCGGUGCCAUCCUCUGCUUCCUGGCCUACGCUAUCCAGGCUGCCACAGAGGACGAGCCCGCCGGGGAUAACUUGUAUCUGGGUAUCGUGCUGUCAGCUGUCGUCAUCAUCACCGGCUGUUUCUCCUACUUCCAGGAAGCUAAGAGCUCCAAGAUCAUGGAGUCAUUUAAGAACAUGGUCCCUCAGCAAGCCCUGGUGAUCCGUGAGGGAGAGAAGAUGCAGAUCAACGCUGAGCAGGUGGUGGCAGGAGACCUGGUGGAGGUGAAAGGAGGAGACAGGAUCCCCGCUGACCUCCGCAUCAUCUCCUCCCACGGCUGCAAGGUGGACAACUCAUCCCUGACUGGUGAGUCAGAGCCCCAGACCAGGUCACCUGACUGUACCCAUGACAACCCACUGGAAACCCGUAACAUUGCCUUCUUCUCCACCAACUGUGUCGAGGGAACGGCACGUGGCAUCGUUGUGUGCACUGGUGAUCGUACAGUGAUGGGCCGCAUCGCCACUCUCACCUCAGGCCUGGAGACUGGCAAGACACCAAUUGCUAAGGAGAUCGAGCACUUCAUCCACAUCAUCACAGGCGUGGCCGUCUUCCUCGGCGUGACCUUCUUCGUCCUGUCAAUCAUCCUGGGAUACUCCUGGCUGGAGGCCGUCAUCUUCCUCAUUGGUAUCAUUGUUGCUAAUGUGCCCGAGGGACUGCUGGCCACGGUCACUGUGUGUCUGACACUGACCGCUAAGCGAAUGGCUCGUAAGAACUGCCUGGUAAAGAACUUGGAGGCUGUGGAAACUCUGGGCUCCACCUCCACCAUCUGCUCUGACAAGACAGGCACCCUGACUCAGAACAGGAUGACCGUGGCCCACAUGUGGUUCGACAACCAGAUCCACGAGGCUGACACCACCGAGGACCAGUCUGGUUCCUCCUUCGACAAAAGCUCCACAACAUGGGUGUCUUUGGCCCGCAUCGCUGCUCUGUGCAACCGUGCUGUGUUCAAGGCUGGCCAGGAUGCUUUGCCCAUCCUGAAGCGUGAGGUGGCCGGUGACGCCUCUGAGUCAGCUCUGCUCAAGUGUAUCGAGCUGUCGUGUGGCGCCGUCAAAGCCAUGAGGGACAAGAACAAGAAGGUGGCCGAGAUCCCCUUCAACUCCACCAACAAGUACCAGCUCUCAAUUCAUGAGAGUGAAAAUGAAGAGGACAACCGCUACCUGUUAGUGAUGAAGGGAGCCCCAGAGAGGAUCCUGGACCGCAGCUCCACCAUCAUGGUGCAGGGCAAGGAGCAGCCAAUGGACGACGAGAUGAAGGAGGCUUUCCAGAACGCCUAUCUGGAGCUGGGAGGACUGGGAGAGAGAGUACUGGGUUUCUGCCACGUGUUCCUGCCAGAGGACAAGUACCCCAAAGGUUUCGCCUUCGACACAGAUGACGUCAACUUCCAGACAGACAACCUUUGCUUCGUGGGCCUCAUGUCCAUGAUCGACCCUCCCCGCGCUGCCGUGCCCGACGCCGUGGGCAAAUGCCGCUCUGCUGGCAUCAAGGUUAUUAUGGUGACUGGUGACCACCCAAUCACAGCCAAGGCCAUCGCUAAGGGUGUGGGCAUCAUCUCUGAGGGCAAUGAGACAGUGGAAGACAUCGCUGCACGCCUCAACAUCCCCGUCAGCCAGGUCAACCCAAGGGAUGCCAAGGCCUGUGUGAUCCACGGUACAGAUCUGAAAGACCUCAACCAGGAGCAGAUGGACGAUAUCUUAAGGAACCACACAGAGAUCGUCUUUGCCAGAACCUCCCCACAGCAGAAACUUAUCAUUGUAGAAGGCUGCCAGAGACAGGGUGCCAUCGUGGCUGUGACAGGUGAUGGUGUGAAUGACUCUCCUGCCCUGAAGAAGGCUGACAUCGGUGUUGCCAUGGGAAUCUCUGGCUCAGAUGUGUCCAAACAGGCUGCCGACAUGAUCCUGCUGGACGACAACUUUGCCUCCAUCGUCACUGGAGUAGAAGAAGGCCGUCUGAUCUUUGACAACCUGAAGAAGUCCAUUGCAUACACUCUGACCAGCAACAUCCCAGAGAUCACCCCCUUCCUGUUCUUCAUCCUGGUCAACAUCCCGCUGCCUCUGGGCACCAUCACCAUCCUCUGCAUCGACCUGGGAACUGACAUGGUACCAGCCAUCUCUCUCGCCUAUGAAGCAGCAGAGAGUGACAUCAUGAAGCGCCAGCCCAGGAACCCACUGAGGGACAAACUGGUCAACGAGAGACUCAUCAGUAUCGCCUACGGACAGAUUGGUAUGAUCCAAGCUCUUGGAGGCUUCUUCGCAUAUUUUGUCAUCAUGGCUGAAAACGGUUUCCUGCCGUCUGUGCUUGUCGGCAUCCGGCUCAACUGGGACGACCGAUCCACCAACGACCUGGAGGACAGCUACGGCCAGCAAUGGACCUAUGAGCAGCGUAAGAUUGUGGAGUUUACUUGCCACACAGCCUUCUUCGUCAGUAUCGUGGUGGUACAGUGGGCAGAUGUCAUCAUCUGCAAGACCAGACGUAACUCUGUGUUCCAGCAGGGCAUGAAGAACAAGAUUUUGAUCUUUGGCCUGUUUGAGGAAACAGCUCUGGCUGCCUUCCUGUCCUACUGCCCUGGCAUGGACGUGGCACUACGGAUGUUCCCGCUCAAGCCCAGCUGGUGGUUCUGUGCGUUCCCGUACAGUUUCCUCAUCUUUGUUUACGAUGAGAUCCGAAAACUCAUCCUUCGCCGAAACCCUGGAGGCUGGGUCGAAAAAGAGACAUACUAUUAAAUUAUCAAAGCAUCAUUUACUUCUCACCCCCUUCUCCCCUCUGCUCUAUCUCCCCCUCUCUCUUUCUCUCUCCUCCUUCCCUCCAUCCAUCCCUCCUCUCCCGUCAACAUAUUCAAACUCUACAAUGUUUACUCCUCCUCCUCCCUCCUCCUCCUCCUCUCCAUCCUCACCCACUAAAGAAACAAAAAAAAAUCAAACGCCAAGACGACGCGAGGACCAACGACAGAGGAGGAGAGGACGGGGGAGCGGGUGGGUUUGUGAGUCUCUCCUGUCCUCUCUGUCCCUCUGUCCCCUUUUUUUCUAUCCAAAGUCUUUACAGCACUAGUCUGCCAGUAACACUGUUGUGCCGAUGUUUAUUACUGCACCGUCAGCUGCAGCAUCUUCAUAUGUGUCCUCAGACGGCACCACUGUGUGUAAACGAAUACAAUUACGAGAAUAAAGACGAAAACCUGACUGUUCCACUGCGAUCACUUUUGCCAAGCAGAACAACGCGGCAGCUCCCGUCUAAACUCCCAACUGGCGAUCCGAGCGGAUGGGUCUGUUUUUGUUUGUUUUUGUUUACUCCUGCCAGAAAAAAGCCACCCAGAUCCAGCUCUUUAAUCACUGCCAUUUCCUGCCAUUCGCCAACUUUACUUCUUCUUCCCUCCUUCUCUCUCUUUCUAUUUCUAUGUACUCACUGCCAAUCUUCUACUGCCGUCUCCCUCCUUCCUCUUCCUCCUCCUCCUCCUCCUCCUCCUCCUCCUCCUCCUCCCCUAUCAAUAAAGGAUCAAUCUCACCAUAAAACUUAAGCACUCACUCACGCCCUCAACAGGGUGGAAAAAAGGUCACUUCCUCCUCCUCCUUCUCCUUCUCCUCCUCCUCCUCCUCCUCCUCCUCCUCCUCCUCCUCCUCCUCCUCCUCCUCCUCCCCAUGUAUUAUUUUCUGCUUGUGUUGUUGUUGUUUUCUAAUAGACGACUGGGUGUUUUUUAAAAAACAAAAAUUGUUCGUAAUGUUUUUUUUUUAAGUUGGGAGUGGUUCUGAGAGCUGCUUGUUUUCAUUUGGACAUGACAAAGCACACUGUCUCUCCUCCCUCUCCUCCUCCCUCUCUCACCCCUCCCUCCCCUCUCCUCCCCCCUGCCUGUCUAUCUGUCCCUGUUUGUCUGUCUGUUUGUGAACACCGUGCAAACCCUCCGUCCUUGUAAACUUCCACCCACUUUCACUACCUGCCUCCUCUUAACCCCACCUCCUCCCCCGCCCCUCACCCGCAACCUCCCUCCCUCUAACCCCACCCAACCUCACCCCUGUGAGAAAAAAAUACAAUCUUUCUGUGUCCUCGGAAAAAGAGAUUUCUCUCCGAUUUCAUUAUUUAAAUCAGUGGAAAUAUGGAAUAAGGCACUGUACCUUAACUUGCGAAACAGCAGCAAAAAAAGAAAAAAGAAAAGCAAAUGAAAUAAAAUAGAAGGAUCUCUCUUUUUCAGCUUGGUCUCCAGUUUGUUUUUGUGUGGAGUUUUGUCAGAAAAUGGAAAUAAAUGCUGUGACCAACUCUUA